AUGUCUGACUCAGAGGAAUUGCUUAUGACGAGCAGGUCUCGCCGUCAAAAUGCGGGCAAUAAAAUGCAGAAAUUGCUGGAACAAGAACGACAAGAAAUGCAGGAGAAAACUGCCGGUUUAGACGACGAUGAGAUUAAUUUAUUGUUCCAGGAAGAAGAAGACGAUGCGGAGUUUGAAGUAGAACUCAAAAGGAAGAGAGACGACGACGACGUUUUCACAGAAUCGGAGGAAGAAAGCGAUAAUCAGGACGAUGAAGAUGCGGGAGAACGGGAAUUGGAACGGCAGGAAAAGAAGAAGCGGAAGUUGGCACUUAAAAGAAAAAUUCCGGUAAUUAGGAAACGUGUGGUUGAUGAGAAGAAGUUGAAACCUCAGUACGUGCAACCUAAGGCUGAUAGUCUCCUCUUAGAUUCACGCCGAACGUCAACAAGACGUUCUGUCAUAGCCAACAAGCUUCAAGUUUACGAAAAACUGGCAUUGGCCGAGAAGAAACGUAAGCAGAUUCAGGACCGGCUUCGGAAGAGUCGAGAAACCCAGGAAGAGAAAACGUUGACACAGGAGGACCGGUUACGAAUCGCAGAAGAGACUGAAAGAUUGAAUUUACAGAGUCUAAACAAAUUUAGAGAACAGGAGAUAUACCAGAAACAAACGCGUAUAGCGAUGCAACAAAGGCGUAAAAUCAAGUUUGCUGUGGGUGAGAUUGUUAUGCGAAUAAACUCUUUGAGUUGGAGCGUGACGCCGGCUAUGGAGGUUAAAGACAGAGAGUAUUGGGACCAGCAGCUGGCCAAGAGGCAUAAAAAGAAAAGGUACACUAGAAGGCGUAAAACUGUGAAAGAGGAUCCGAAAAGCACUGCCAAGGAGGCUGACGACCCUAGCGCGGUUUCACAAAAUGGUUCGAUUGCAAAUGAAGAGGUGAAAAGCGAGCAAGCUCCGAUCGGCGACUCCAGGAGCCCAGACACUGAAGAUGACGCUAGUAAAUCCUCUGAUCCUCAAACAGAAGUUCAAGGCCAGGCGGGAGAAGCAGGCGAUAAAGAGAUAUCGCAGAAUGUUUCAUCUUCUCAAGCUAGGGAGGAACAAAUGAAUGCUGCUGAUGCUGCUAGCAGUCUUAACAGCUCGGUUGUCAAAAAAACCGCCCAGAACGCCGUCAAUGGCCCUGAUGCAGAUAACAAACAAGCCGAUGACAGCAAUACGACGCGCCAAGGUAAAAAAGUUGCGUUCGCCGAUGUUGGUGAAGUUCCACAAGAGCAAACGACCAUCUUAGAAACACUUCCCAGCGCAGAAUGCGAUCUGCCAGAAUUUGCAGAUAUGGACGAUUCCAAAAGAGGUAGCUCCAAAGAAGAAACACCAGGCUCGACAGAACCAUCGACGCCCGAGGAGGUGGAAGAAAUAUACGAGGGUCCUGAGCAACUUGUUGGCAGAAAUUUUUUGACCCUGUAUUCGUAUCCACACGAAAAUCUGAGAGUCAGUGACCUGAAUUCAUACAUCCUUGGCCCACAAUGGGCGCAGCCCUUAAAUUCCAGAUCGGCAGACGUCGAGACAUUGGUCAAAAUUGUGAACCCAUCGGAAAGGCUUUGGGCAGAAAAUGAGGACGAAUUUAAUAUCUUGGAUAUGUCCAUUUUGGAUCGGUUCCCCGCAUUUGGAGAAUUUGAUAAGGUACCGACAAAGGAGAUCGUUGAGGAAACGGAUAAACACUUAGAUCUGGAACUCAAGACACCGGCUCCCACCGGGGUCUUUCUUCCCAAUGGUUUAAGAAAGAAGUGUAUGAUGACGAAUAGGGACUGUCAAUAUUUUGAUCCGAAGAAUGGUGUUCCUUACUCGGACGUGGAAGCCUACAAAACAGUGCAGGAACUUCAAGACCCAAUUGGCGAUGGAGGAACUUCCGAGAAUCCUUUACCGCGCUUCAAAUGGUUUGGAUUUGCCCGCGGGGGCAUUUAUCUUGACGUCAGACGCCGGCCAGCCAAAGGAGUGCCAGAGGGCUUUUAA